CUGGUAGUAGGUUGUACUUUGAGAGUUAAAUGUCCUCAUCAAUGACCUCAAAUGCCCUACUUUGCUGCCCUACACCUGUCAUUUCAACUCUUACCUGUAAACUCUCUCUCCCCCUCUCCCCUCCUUCCUUUCCUCUACUGUAUAAAAUUGGUUCCUGCCACACAAGGCAGAGAGAUUUAUAUUGGCAUUGUAGACAUGGCAUCCAUUCUCUUGAUCUCAUCUCUUCUGUUGGUCCUAGAGCUCUGCUCAGAAAUAAAAUCAUACAAGCUGGAACAACAUAAGGGUGAGUGGUGCUACCAGAGCCAGUUAUCCUGUCAAGACACAUGUAGAGGGCCUUCAGAGUGGAAGAGUCAGUUUCCUAAUUGUGGAGGUCAGAGACAAUCGCCCAUCAAUAUCGUCACACGCAAAGUGAAGCAUGAGCCAAAACUGACCAGUUUCAUCUUUGAUGGCCAUGAGAAAGUUUUCAAUAUGAGUGUGGAAAACCAUGGACAUUCAGCUCACUUCACUCUCCCUCAGUUCGUGCGUCUCCGUGGAGGGGGUCUGCAAGAUACUUACAAGGCGGUCCAGUUCCACCUGCACUGGGGAGAGGACGGAGGCCAGGGCUCAGAGCACUCUGUGGACGGGGAGCAGUAUCCCAUGGAGCUCCAUAUUGUUCACAUUAAAGAAAAAUAUGCUAGCUUGGGAGAUGCUCUAAGUGACUCUGAAGGGGUGGCAGCACUUGCCUUCUUUUUCGAGGUGACUUCUUUCCCAAACAAACAACUGGACAGAGUCAUAGACGCUUUAGGAAAAGUCAGAUAUGAAGGAAACAGCAGUGAAAUUAAAGACUUUAAAUUGACCGACAUCCUCCCACAAGCCAAUAAACUGAGCUACUAUCGGUACUUGGGUUCCUUGACCACACCGGGCUGUGAGCAGGCCGUUGUGUGGACGGUUUUCCAAAAGACUCUGCCCAUAAGCAAAAAUCAGCUGAUGUCAAUGGAUAAACAGCUGUUAUUCGGAACAGAAAAACCAAUGACUGGAGUAUUCCGUCCUGUGCAGAAUCUGAAUGGACGAGUUGUGUACACAUCAGUGCCAGCUCACAGUCUGUGUGUCCUGCCCAGUCUGAUCACCCUGUUUCUGUGCCUCUUUUGUGUUUUUGGACAACAAAAGUGUUUUCAUUGAAUGCUAGAGACCACAUCUCUUUUAACAAAUGAUGUUCCAUAUUGAACUUCCAGAAACAAAGUAUACCUAAUCAACUGAGCACUGCUCUGAAAGUACUGGAAUGGAUCUCUGCCACUGUGCUAAAGUGGAGAAACUUGACAAUGGAGAAGCGAUAUCUUGGUUACUUUCUGUGUUCACAAUUAUUAAUUGUCUCAUUGGUAACGCUUAUCAUGUCCUCCAAUAUUCUCUUUUAGUUGUGGCAGCUUUAUCUGACUUUGAUCAUUUCUGGAUUCUCAUCUGUUUUCCAUAACUUGUUUGGUUGUUUAUGGUUACUUCACUUUAAAAUAUCUUAUAUAUAUGUUUAUAUAUUGCUAUAUAUUUCCAUUUAUAUGUGCCAAUAAUUAUAAGUUUAUACAAUAAUUAUAAGUUUAUUCUUCAAAAAUACAAAACAGCUUCAGAUUUUAAUGUAAUCCAUUUGAAGCUUCCUGAUCCUCCAUUAAGAUUAUUUCACUAUGUAAAUUUCAAUUACUUUUCCAUUACUUACAACGAUGAACGUUUCAUAUGGCUUUGGUACGAUGAUUCAACUUGACACAUAUGUACCACAAAUUGUGUAAAUAUGCAGCGCAUGUGAAGUGUAAGUUAUAACAUAAUCUUUCCAAAGAUAAAAGUUCAAAUGAAGUGCCAACAUAAAUUCUUUAUUUAGCUGGAACUAUAUUUCAUUGUACAUAUCAUUUGUCAUAUAAAGAUUCACAUUUUGCAACCAA